AUGGCUAUUAUUGGAGGAUUGGAUUUUGACACAUCAUCUCAUAUUGCUGAAAUUACAAGUUUGUUCAAGAUUCCACAACUGACAUACGGCUCAUUAGCCCGAGAGGAAUUUGAGACCAGUAAAAUCUCUUCACUUUAUUUCAUGGUCCCCAAAGAAGACCAUCAGUACAUUGGGAUUAUCCAACUACUUCAUCAUUUCAGGUGGACGUGGAUUGGGAUAUUUACUAUGGAUAACAACAACGGAGAAAGUUUCGUACAGAAAAUGCAGCCCUUACUUUCAGAGAAUGGAAUCUGCUCGUCGUUCGUAGAAACACUUUCACAACUGGUCCACUUGGAAGACUUUCCAGAAGCUUAUCAAACAAUCUCAAUGAUUUCCAUUCAUUUGAUGAAUAGCAAAAUCAAUGCAGUUCUUGUCUAUGGAGAACCAUUGACAAUUAUGUGGCUAAGAUUUGCAGUGUUUCCAGUAAAUCCUGACACCAAGAAAAUUACAUUAUUUAGAAAGGUGUGGAUCAUGACUGCACAGAUUGAUUUCAUAUUGUCAGGAUAUCAAAUCAACUGGGACCUGCAGAUGUUCCAUGGGGCAAUUUCCUUCACUGUUCAUUCAACAAAAGUUGUAGGUUUCAAGGAAUUUCUUCAGACCAUCAAUCCACUUUCAGACUACAGAGAUGGGUUUCUGCAGGAAGAUCUAUACAUGUUGGGGUUCAAUAAGAAGACAACUACAAUGUGUAAAAAUCCUGAUCUUCCAAAUCUGCAGGCUUGGCAGGUUCUUCCACUUGCCAGAUGUAAUGAUCCUUGUUUCCCUGGAUACUGGAAGAAAGGGAUUGAGGGAAAUCAAUUCUGCUGCUAUGACUGUGUACCAUGCCCUGAAGGGAAGAUUUCAAACCAAAAUGAUAUGGAUGACUGUUUUGAAUGUUCAGAAGAUCAUUAUCCAAAUGAAGAAAAGAAUGGAUGUAUUCUGAAAACAGUGAUGUUUCUAACCUUUGAAGAAACCUUAGGAAUUGGUUUGGCCUCAAUUGCUCUUUGUUUCUUCUUCUUGACAUCUUUGGUACUUGGAACUUUUAUUAAACACAGGGAUACUCCCAUUGUCAGAGCCAACAACCGGUCCCUCACCUACACCCUGCUUUUCUCUCUUCUGCUCUGUUUUCUCUCCUCUUUGUUUUUCCUCAGCCAACCUGGCAAAGUGACCUGCCUUCUCCGACAAUCAAUGUUUGGUGUCACUUUCUCAGUGGCUAUUUCUAGUGUACUGGCCAAAACCAUCACUGUGGUUGUGGCUUUCAUGGCCACGAAACCAGGAUCUCAGAUGAGGAAGUGGGUGGGGAAAAGAUUGGCCUUUUCUAUUGUCCUUUCCUGUUCUCUCUUCCAAGUAUGGAUUUGUAUUCUUUGGUUGUCAACAUCUCCCCCAUUCCCUGAGUUGGACAUGCACUCAGAGCUCCAAGAAAUGAUUUUACAAUGCAAUGAGGGAUCAGCUUCCUUCUUCUACUGUGUCUUGGGCUACAUGGGAAUCUUGGCCAUCGCCAGCUUUAUUGUGGCUUUCCUUGCCCGUAAAUUACCUGACAGCUUUAACGAAGCAAAGUUCAUCACCUUCAGCAUGUUGGCCUUUUGCAGUGUGUGGAUCUCCUUCUUUCCAGCCUAUCUGAGCACAAAAGGCAAAGCCAUGGUAGCUGUGGAGGUCUUCUCCAUCUUGGCCUCUGGUGCUGCAUUACUGGGAUGCAUAUUCCCGCCAAAAUGCUACAUCAUUGUUUUGCGGCCACAGCUCAACCACAAGGAGCAUCUCACAAAAAGAAAUUAG